AUACAGAUGACAUCAAAUUAAAGGAGUUGAAAACCCAAGAAGGCCAGACUGAAAGAAAGCAAGAAAGCUGUUUUAAUUCUCCCAUAAAUUCCCUGAGAAGAUCGAGAAGAGAGUAGCUAGUGAGCCAUGGACGCAGUUGUGGACUUGCUGAUAAGCAAAGUAGCACAAACUGUGGAAGAAAACGCGAGCCUGAUUCUUGGGAUAAAGGAUCAGGUGGAAGAUCUACUGAGCGAACUCAGGUUUUUCAAGGCAUAUCUCACUGAAGCAUCCAAGAACGAGAGCUGUAACGCCAACGCGGUGCUGAGAGACGUGGUGCAGAAGAUUCAGAAAGUGGUAACCGAUGCUGAAGAUGCGAUUGAUAAAUACCUUGUUGAGCGAAGGAACCACAGAGCCAGACCGGUCCUCAAGAGAUGGGCGGAAAAAGUAAUUUAUUAUACCAAGGUUAAUGAUGCUGCCAAGGAGAUUGAGAGCAUUAAGAAAAGGGCGGAGAGAAUCCGUCUAGAUCAUGCCCAUUCCCUCAAGAGACUCCAAGACGGUUCGCCAAAUAAUCCUCAGCCCGCGGUUCUCCAGGCUCCAGUGGUGGAGGAGGAUGAAGUGAUAGGAUUUGAUGAAGAGGCUAAGACUAUAAAAAAUCGUCUUACUGAAAAGUUAAAAGAUACAGCGGUCAUUUCAAUUGUUGGAAUGGCUGGAUUGGGCAAAACCACAUUAACCAAUAUGGUAUUCAAUGAUCGCGAACUUCAUUACGAUAGUUUCACUCGUCUUUGGAUUCACGUAUCUAGAAACAUGAAUAGGAGACGAAUAUUCAUGGACAUUAUAAGUAAAUUUACCAAGGAAACCAGUGCUUACAAAGAUAUGAGCGAGGAGCAGUUAGCCCAAAGAAUCAAGGAAUUUUUGAGGGAUGGGAUGUAUUUCAUUGUUGUGGAUGAUGUAUGGAAGAAAACAGAUUGGGAUUAUUUGAAAAUUGCUUUUCCCAACAACCAGAAAGGCAGUAGAAUAUUGGUAACAACGCGUAACCUUGAAGUGGCUAAUCAUGUUGAUUCUAAAAAUGCUCCACACGAAUUAAAAUUUUUAGAGCAUGAGGAAAGUUGGGUGUUAUUACAAAAGAAAGUUUUCCGCACAGAAACUUGUCCUCAACAUCUUAUAUCCACUGGGAGAAGCAUUGCAAAGAAAUGCAAUGGGUUACCACUAGCAGUAGUGGUGAUUGCUGGUGUCCUUGAUAAAAACAGCACGGCUGCAAAGUGGAAAGAGGUGGCUGAAGAUCCGUUUCCAUUAAUCAAUCGGGAAAACCAGAGCUACAAUGAACUGGUAUCGCUGAGUUACAAUCAGUUGCCAAACCACACAAAAGAAUGCUUCCUAUAUCUUGCAGCAUUUCCAAUGGGACAUGAAAUUCCAGUUUGUAAAUUGAUUUGCUUGUGGAUUGCAGAAGGGUUUAUUCCUUCAUCCAAGAACAUGGAGGGCACUGCUGAAACAUAUUUGCAGGAUUUUGUGAAUAGGAAUCUGUUGAUGGUAGUUAAGAAGAGAGCUGAUGGUGAAAUAAAAUCUUGUCGUCUUCAUGACACAUUGCACGAGUUUUGCAAAUCUGAAGCUACUAAGAAUAAUCUCUUCCAUGAGAUUGAUGGGGCAAAAAUAGAUGGAAAUGAGAAUUAUCGUCGCUUGUGUAUCCGUACCAACCUUCAAAGCUUCAUAGAUUCAGAGAGCAAGCCAUCUGGUGAGCAUAUCCGCUCUCUUUUAACAUCUACCAAGUAUGAAGUUCCAAAACAGCACUUGGCAACUAUCCCAAAAUCCUACCCCCUCCUAAAAGUGUUUGAUGUGGAAGACCUCAAAUUUGAUAUAUUGCCAAAAGAGUUUUAUCAGCUAUAUCACCUGCGCUACUUGGCUGUCACAACUGACCUCAAAAUCUUUCCAAAACCAUUCACCAACCUUUGGAAUACCCAAACUCUUGUAUUCAAUACCUCCCAAAGUAGUGUUGAAGUUAAGGCUGAGAUAUGGAAGUUGACAAAACUAAGGCAUCUUUUAGCCAAUGCUUCUUUCGAAUUCCCUACUCCCGAAAAUUGCAGAGACAAGUGUGAAGACUUACAAACUCUUUCCUCCAUUUCACCUAAGAGCUGCACAGAAGCUAUCUUUGACAAGAUGCCCAACCUUUUGAAAUUGGGGGUUCGUGGGAAUUUAGAAGAGCUUUUGGAGAAGAAGGGAGGAAUUUGCUUGUUUGACAAUAUUGGAAACCAGCUGCAUAAACUGCAGAAUCUGAAGCUUGUUCACGAAACUGCCAAUGGUCAGGGUAGCAUAUUAAGGAACUUUCCUCGGGCCGACAAAUUACCGAGCAACUUAAGGAAGCUGACUUUAUCCAACACAUCCUUUGAGUGGAAUGACAUUUGCAUAUUGGGAUCCCUGGAUGGGCUGGAGGUCCUAAAGUUGGAGGAAUUCGCGGUGAAGGGGGACUCUUGGGAACUAAACAACACUGUUUUCAAGAGUCUCCAGUUCUUGCGCAUUGGGAGAACGGACUUGGCUUACUGGACUUGUAAGGAGACUAGCUUUCCAGCACUGAAAAAGCUUUACCUCUUACAUUGUACAAACCUUAAUGCAGUCCCACUUGCCCUCAAGGAUGUGAAAGGCCUUAAGUUUAUGGAGUUGUUUUGUACCAACAAAAAUGCUGCUACUUCUGCAAGAAACAUACAAAACUUAAAACCUCCAGAGCAUGGGCUACUUGAGCUCUCCGUCUAUCCUCCUAAUCACUCAGGUCAACACUGAUAGAUGAUACAUUAUAUUGCGCAUUAACAAAAAGGAGUAUCAUAUCCAAUAGCAUUUUCAGAUGUAUGCAUGGCUCCUCCGAUCUAAGGCGCGCUUCUUAUCACUAUAUAUCUUUAUCUUUGUGGCACUUUCUUUAAUUUGUUUUUCUUUUCUUCUCUUAUUAAAAUAAAGGCUGGCAUGCAUGUAUUUGUGCGAUAAUGGUAUUCAUAUGUGGAGCUCCAGCUGCAGGGUGGUGUGCUUCAAUCUGAAUUCCUGUGUGAAUGAGUGGUUUUCAUCUUCUUUUAAACAUUUGGUCGAGUAUGUAUCUGAACUAUUCCAGUUCUAAUUUGAUUCCUUUCAAAAGUAUUACGUUUUCUGAAAUAAGUAAGAAACAGUUUAUUCAUGA